GGGACGGCUCCGCUCCGCCGCAGGUAACAUUCCUUACAUUUGAAGAUGACGCUCUUUGGGAAAAUUGUUGUCAUUAAGCGGAAUGGGACAGAUGGAAUUAGUUUUCCACUCACUGCGAGUUCUUGUUUAUUUGGAAGGAGAACAGAGUGCGAUAUUCGCAUCCAAUUGCCUCAGGUCUCAAAAGAACAUUGUAAAAUUGAAGUAAAUGAAAACAAGGAGGCAAUAUUGAUUAAUUUAAGUACAGUAAAUCCCACGCAGCUGAAUGGGGCUGGUUUCCAGCAGCCUGUGACUCUGAAGCAUGGUGAUGUGGUAACCAUUAUUGAUCGGUCUUUCAGGUUUGAAUAUCCUCUGCAGGCAACUCCAAGAAAGAGGCGUUCCCGGUCUCCGAAAGAUGAAACACUGCAGGUUCUUCAUGUUCAGCAGGUGGCAGAAGUGGAAUUACAAACUUCAGGAUCUAAAAGCCUUCAUGCUUCAGGUAAUGCUGAGUGCAAAGGAAAAGAUGCCAAUGAAAAUAAACAAAGUACAGAGGAAAAUAUUUCCAAGGCUUUACCUGUCAAAUUACAAACACCCAAAUCUUCACACAAAAUAGAUGAGUCUGCUAAAAAGGAGAAUUCAGUGUCUCCCUUUAGUAAACUCUAUGAAAAGCUGAAAAAUGAGAUUAAAGUGCAAAAACCUCUUCCUCGGGGAAAUGCAACUCAAGAAGCUGCAAAAGCAGAUGGGAAGAAUGUUCCUCUAGAACCAAGCACUCAGAUUUCAGUGUUAGGUUGUGUUUCUGAUCUUGGAAACCUGUCUAAAGAACAAGAGAGUGGCAGAAGUGAAAAUAUUGAAGAAUGUAAGGUAGAAAUCAAGCAAGAUGUAGUCACUUCAGAGUUUAACCAGGUUUCAGCUGUCAGAAGUGCUACCAAGAAGAGAUUUAUCAAAAGUCCUCGAACAUCCAUUUCAAAGGUGUCAAGAGAUACUGGUGAAAGAAGCCACUUACAGGAUAAUAAGGAGCCAAGUACAGCAGGGAAGUCUGGGAGUACUAGAGUUACAGCUAAACCCACUCAGGAGAAGGAUGGAAGUGCAGUGUUUUCACUGAAGCAGUGCUCUAUAGAAUGCUUGGAUUAUGCAGGUGAAAUGAAAACGCAGAGCUCUGGAACAGCCUCGGAUAAAACAGCACAACCAGGUAACACCACAAAUGUUUCUGAAGUUGAUCAGCAUGUUCUGUCUACACCGACAUCCAGAAGGAAGAGUCCUCGGUCUAUUUUUGUAUCACCUACCAGGGAGAGUAUUGGAAUGAAUUCUGUAAUCACUGAUACUCCAACACCUCGACGGCGUGUGUCCCUGAAACGUAGGUCUCUGUCAGGAGUUGCAGCUGAAACUCAAAGAGAAGAUUCACUAUCCAUAAGUGACAGCCUCAAACAACUGCCUUUGGCAGAAAAUAAGUGUUUGAAACAAAGACGAAGCAGUAAGCAGCAUACACCAGGAAAACCUGCUGAAGUGCUGAAAGAGAUCUGUGACCAGGCAAACAUUGUGAACUCAAAAGAAGAACAUUUGGAACCUCCUGCCUGUUCUAAUUCCAGGAGUCCCAGAAGAAAUAACAGGGAGAGUCAAGAAUUACCAAAUAAAAGUGUCCAUUUGGACAUACUGGCUUCAGAAGAGCUCACAUCAGAGCUGGCAUCUCCUGCUAGUCACAAAGGUGGCUCUGGCAGAAAAAGGGGUGGGCCAAGAAGCUCUGGACUGCUCACUGGGAAACCAUUAGAGACAAGUGCUCCCCUAGAGCAGCACAAUGAACCUACAGACAGAAGAGACAGUGGAAUGAAAGAAGAGCAGACCACCAAGGAGGAUCAUCAGGAGCAAGGUUUGGAAGAUGCUGGAGUAACAAGACCUCGUAGAUUGUCAUCAAAGAGGAGGUCUUCUGGAGGCACUGCUCUACUGAAAGACGCUGAAGCUGUCUCAGAAAUGAGUAUUUCUGACCUGUUGGCUGGAGAAGAAUCAGGCAAGACAACAAAGAUGUCUCCAAAGAGGAAAAGUGGUGAAGUGUUGCUUCAGCCUUUAGGAAAAAGGAAGAGAGUGUCUUUUGGUGGUCACCUGAGCCCAGAGCUUUUUGAUAAAAGCUUGCCUCCCAACUCACCUCUUAAAAGAGGUGCCAUUCCUGCCCGGCUGAGCCUGCCCUUUGGAAACUCGCCACGUGCUGUCCUCAAAAAGGCUCAGGGAUUGAAGCACUCUGCAGUCCAGGAACUUCCUGAACAUUUGCAGAAAGAAAAAUUGUCACCAAAAAAUCUGCCAGCUCAGAAGUCCCCAAGUGCCUUGUCCCCUUCCUCUGGGAGGGCAACACCUAAACUGCCUCCAGGCUCUCCAGCACCUUACAAAAAGGGCCGUUUCUCUGUUUCUCACGUCAUGGCACCACUACCAAUUGUAGAAGAGAGAGAUGCUGUUCGAGAAGACAUGAAUACAGAGGAGAAAGAUGGUGCCUUAGUGAAAACACCUAAAUCUUCUCUCGUUAACCAAAAUGAUAAACCCUUUUUGAUGGCUACACCUGACAAACUAACCAGAAGUGCCCAACUUGCUCUGAAGGUUGCUUCCAUGAAGAGUAGAAGUGGGGCUGUAGCAGUUUUCAAUGCAAAAAGAAGAAGUGGUGCCUCCAAUGCCAAUCUAUUAGUGGCAAAAUCUUGGGCAGAAGUGGUAAAAUCAGGUGUUGCAAGACCACAGGCAAAGGCUGUUAAAAAGAGCAUCCGAAAACGAAAACUCCUAAAGAAGACAACCCGGUCACCCAAGACUCCAGAAAGUAAAAUAAGAGGUCAUUUUAGCACAGGACAUGCAGAGUCACCUGCUACAAUAGUUGUAGGUAGAGCUUAUUCCACCACAGUCAGAACAAGUGGACGUGUCCCUAAAGUGAUGAAAAAUCCUAUCUUGAAGCUAAACAUGAAUAUGGACGAAAGCUUCACAGGAGUGGCUGAAAUGUUUCAAACUCCAGAAAAUCUGGGCGGAAAAACGUUACCUUUGGCUGCUGUUCAGAAGAUGGAUUUCACACCAACAUGUACUUCAGGGGAUCUUUCUGAGCUGCACACUCCUGAAGAAACUGGAGAGAUGAUGGUGUCACCAUUGAAUAGUUCAGAUGCUUCAGAACACAAACAAGAUAGUCCAGGCAUCUGUCACCUUUUGAGAGAGGAAUCACCUUUGAAGUCUGUAUUUGAUGCAAUAGCCACAAAAACUCCUGAAAAAAGAAAUGCUAUGCUGGAAGAAAAUACUGGUGGGAAUAGUUUGUCAGUGAGUCCAGAAAAACAAACAUCUCGAGGGAAAUCAGGAAGUAGAAGGAGGACUCCAAAGCAGAAGUUGGAGCCAGUUGAGGUCGUGUCAGGCGUCAAGCAGCUGUUAAGGACCCCAGAGCAAAGGUCAGAACCAGUUGAAGCCUUAUUGGGCAUCAAGCAGCUCAUGAAGACCCCAAAGCAGAAGCUGGAGCCUGUAGAGGCUUUGACAGGCAUCAAGCAGCUCAUGAGAACCCCAAAGCAUAAGUUGGAGCCUGUAGAGGCCUUGUCGGGAAUCAAGCAGCUCCUGAAGACACCGAAGCAGAAGUCAGAGCCUGUAGAAGCUUUAUCUGGCAUCAGGCAGCUCAUGAAGACCCCAAAGCAAAAGUCGGAGCCUGUAGAAGCUUUAUCAGGCAUCAGGCAGCUCAUGAAGACCCCAAAGCAAGAGUCAGAGCUUGUAGAACCUUUAUCAGACAUCAAGCAGCACCUGAGGACACCAGAGCAAAAGUCAGAGCCAGCUGAAGUCCUGUCAGGCAUCAAGCAGCUCAUGAGAACUCCAAAGCGUAAGUUGCAGGCUGUGGAGGCUUUAUCAGGCAUCAGGCAGCUCAUGAAGACCCCAAAACAGAAGGUGGAGCCUGUAGAGGCUUUGUCAGGCAUCAAGCAGCUCAUGAAGACCCCGAAACAGAAGGUGGAGCCUGUAGAGGCUUUGUCAGGCAUCAAGCAGCUCAUGAAGACUCCGAAACAGAAGGUGGAGCCUGUAGAGGCUUUGUCAGGCAUCAAGCAGCUCAUGAAGACUCCAAAACAGAAGGUGGAGCCUGUAGAGGCUUUGUCAGCCAUCAGGCAGCUCAUGAGGACACCAAAGCAGCAGUCAGAGCCAGUUGAGGUCCUAUCAGGCAUCAAGCAGCUCCUGAGGACCCCGCAGCAGAAGCCAGAGCCAGUUGAGGUCUUGUCCGACAUAAAGUUGCUCGUGAAGACCCCACAGCAAGAGUUGGAACCUGUUACAGAUGAAAGUGCCUUUAAAAGAUUGCUGAAGGCUCCAGCACAAAACAGGCAAGCAGUUACUUUAACCAAGAGAACUCCAAAGGUGAAAUACCAGCCAGUAGAAGACAUGAUUGGGGUCAGCCGCAUUUUCAAGACACCGAAGGACAAAGCUGAACCCACGGAAGAUGUGUUUGAUAUUAGUAGAUUAGUGAAGACUCCAAAAGAGAAGUAUCAACCAGUUGAUGAUUUUGUGGGUCUGCAAAGGCUUAUGGCAGAGCCCAGGCAAAAAUGCUCCGACUCUGAAGUGGACUAUGCUGGAGUUAUGGAGAUGUUUGAUGCACCAGAGGAAACUGAGGUCAAAUCAGUAAAAGCUAUGGAUUCCAAGCAAGAAGAUGCUGCACCUUUUUGUACUGAUUCCACUUGUAAACGUGAAGACAUAGGAAAUAUUUCAGAAGGUGAAGAUUCCCAGCAGAAGGAAUCGGCUAGUGCGGGCCCGUCUACCCAGAGAAGAGGGGGCAGACGAAGGAAGAGAGUACCUCCUGCUUCAGCAAAGCACUGCAGAAGGGAAUUGAAUUUAAAAGAAUUGCAGAGUGUGGAAAAAAAGAGCACCCAAGAGGAGAUGGAAGCUAAAAAUGAAGGAAGAGGAAGGGGAACCAACCAUCAUAUACAAGCAGAAACUGUUUCAGAGCCUCCUGUGCAGGAAAAAGUUGACGUUUCAUCUGUGGAACCACAUGGAGCUACUCAAAGACCCAGAAGAGGUAAAAGGAAAGACCAAAAGGAGUUAAAACAUCCAGGUGAGAAUCCCGAGACUUGUGACAAAGAUUCUCCUGUGCUGCAAGAGGAAAAACAGGCUUUGCAGAAAUGUGGCAUCAGUGACAUAGUGGAAACUGAAGAUGGUCCAAUCAUAAAGACAGGAAGUGCAUUGAGUAGCACUGAUAAUGAACAGUGUCAACUGCAAACAGGUUUAGAAGAAACUGAAAACAAAUCUAAUGAAGGUGGUGUAGAAGACAGUGAAGAAAUACUUCUGUCACCUAGGAGCAGAGUUAGAGGAGUAAGAAAAGUAGCAAGCCCAGAACCAUUGAUUCUGCCUAAAAGAGGAAGAAGAGGUAGAAACGACCAAGUUCAGCAAGCUGCUUCAGUGGCUCUUCACAGGACAACAAGGAAACUUCGUAAAGACCCAUCAGAAAAGAUGCUACAAAGAGAAGAAGAGACUUUUGUCAAAGAUACUGAGGCUGCCACAGCAGAAGAACCUGAAAAUGGAACUAAACUUGAAAUAAAGAUACCAGAGAAAAGAGUGAAGUUUUUAAGAAGUGCUGGAAAGUACUCAACUGAAGUAAAAGCAGACAUUGGUAGGAUGGCACUUGAAAAUAUACAAACUGUUCAGAAAACUGAGGAAACUUCAGCUGAAGCUGGUAUUGAACCCAUCAAAAAUGUGAUAAAAGCAUCUCAGGGAGAUGAAACAGAAAAUGCUCAGGAAAAUACAACAGAGGCAUCUCAAAAAUUCAAGGUAGAGCUGCCUUCUGGAGAGACAAACAGAAAGUCAGUCCCUGCAAACAGAAAUGCAGUGAAGGAAACAAGAACUAGAAACAGGAGAGGCAAAAAAGACUCCUUGGAGAAAAAGUCUGAUGAAUUUGCCAAAGAUGUAAAGAACCUAGAACUAAUUGCUCCCCAAAUCAAGUCAGAAGUGGAUGAAUCUCGUCUCCAAGAUUCUGUGGGCUCUGUUUGUGUCAAGAAUACCUACCAAGUCAUGAAGGACCAGAACACCCCAACUGCCACACCAGAACCUGCUGCAGACAGUGAUGGUCUUGCUCAGAGCCGUCCAAAGCGGACAAGAAAUGACCAAGGAAUAAAAACCACAAAGCAAACUGAAACCCUGCAAGAGAAUGAAGCCCACAGUCAUGGACUGAUAUGUCCAAGAGGUAGAGGUAGAAAAGUUAAAUUUGAACUUGAAGAAGCCAGUUCCAAAGCAGUUGAAGGAAGCAGGAGUUUACCUGAGGAUGGCAAAGGAAUGACUGACAAAAAGAGUCUACAAGAGACUUCAGAAAAUCCUUCUUCACAAGUAAGGAGGAGCAGAAGAAAACAAGCUGAUACUAUUCCACAAAUAGCUUUUUCUACCCUUAUGGAAAAACAAACAUUAACUGCAGAGCAUAGUAAAGAUGAGGCUUCUACAAAGGAGCAAGAUUCAGCUUUGGAAGCUGCUCCCUCUUCAACAGAAGACAUUCCACUGAGACGAGGGAGAAGACGAGAGGUUCCUGCAGCAUCACAAACAUCUCGAUCUCUUUCUACCAGAAGAAGAUGUGGGUUGCUGGAAGGUGAUGAUAAAAAAAUGACUGUAAGAGAAGAUCAAAAUCCAGCUUUGGGAAAUGAAACUUUGCAGGCAAAAGCAAAUGUAUCAGUAAGAGACGAAAGGGAAAAGAUUGAUCUGGCAGCAGAGGCAAAAAGUUCAUCUCCUCUCCAGAGAAAGUGUGGCUUGUCAGAAACUGAUGGUAAAGGGGAGGGCACCUGUGAAGAACAAAAUGUGCCUUUGGAGACAGUGUCCUGUGCAAAAGAGAAGCCAUUGGGAAGGGGCAGAAGGAAACAAACUGCUCUGGCAUCACACACAGCUACUUACAUUCCUCUUAGAGGAAAACAUGGUUUGCCAGCAGACAAUGGUAGCGAAGAAGCCCCUAAAGAAGAGCAAAAUGUUCCAUUAGAAACUUCUGAUUCUUCUGUAAAACAAAAUCAACUGAGAAAAAGCAGAAGGAAACAAACUGCCCUCUUGUUAGAAGCCACAAGUUCUGCUUCUCUUGAGGGAAAACAGGGCUUAGCAAAAGAAAGUGGUAGAAAGACUAAUCUGAGAGGAGCAAAAAAACUGCUGUUGGAGAAUUCUAUUUCCCAAGAAAAAAUCAAUCCUUCAAAAGGGAACUCGAGGGAAACAAUCACCACAGAGGCUGUUAGUUCCACCUCACUUCAGGCUUUGCCAGAAGAGGGUAAGAGUGAAACUCCUGAAGAACAACAGAGUGUACUUUUGGAAGUAGCUCCAUCUGCAAAAGAAAAUCCAUCAAGAGUGGGCAGAAAGAGAACAACUUCUUCCACAUCUAAAGAAACUAGUUCCGCUUCUCUCGGGGAAAAACCUGUCUUGCCCAAAGUCAGAGGCCAAAAGAGGAUUCUUAAAGAAGAUAAAGGUGCAUCUCUAGAAAAUAACUCAUCUCAGGAAACCACAAGGCAAUUGAGGAAUAAAAGUAAAAGGGUAGAAUUCAAAUUGGAGGCAGCUACUUCUACUUCUCACUGCAAAAACGGUGACUUGCCAGAAAAUGGCAAAGCUUCAGAAACUCAAGAGAUGUGUUUGACAUCCGCUGGUUCUGAGGGAAAUCAUCAGUCUGGAAAAGGAGAAGAGAUUACCCCUGCACCACAGGCAGCUCCCCCUUCUCGCAACAGGAAACGUCAGUUGCCAGCAGAUGAUUUGCCAGCCAAAAAACUAAAGUUAGGGAAUGAUGGAAAUCCAGCACCACAAAAAGGAAAAAGAAACAAAGAUAAAGAAGAACCUGAAGGGAAUUUAAGGGCUACUCAAAGUGCUGGAGGGAUGGACAGGAAGACAAGAUCAAGCACAAGAACAAAUGCAAAAGCAAGAAAAUAGUCUCAACAACAGUCACAGCACCAGUUCUUAAAUCAAUUCAGUAACUGAAAUGUCAGGUUUUUAAUGUGAAUUGAUUUGCACUUGGAUUUUAAGCUCAGAUUUUGUAAAGCAAUCAUUGAAUUAUGAUGUUAUGAAAAGAUUUUCCUUACUGUAUUUACAGGUAGGGUGUAGAUUCUGGUUUUAAUAGAUUCAGGUGUAGUGGUUUCUGACCCAUGGGAUGCUUGUGCAAAACUGCAAACCUUAAAUCUUUGUAUACCAGUAUUUAUCCCCUUUUCUGUUGAUCAGCAGCCAGGAAGCCAUAUUACUUUACUGCUAGUUUAAUUGUAAGCUAUUUUCUGCUUAGAUUUUAAUGUGCUUAAGUCUGAUUUUUUCAUGACAGUUCUGUAAAUAUUCCUGAAAAGAAGCUCUUUAUGUAUCAGCAGAAUUCUGAUGCUGAAUUCUUAAUAAGUUUAAAAAAAAACUUCAUUGUAUUGAAAAAUGCAGAUUUGUGGAAGUCAUUAAAUUUGUAAACAAUUUG